CGUGACGUCACUAGCCCUUGUCGGGUUGCUACAGCACGGCGCCAAGGUUAGGCUUUUGGGUAGAUGGAAGAGAGGGAGGGGCGGGCUCAGAGCGCCCGGAAGGGCUCGCGCGCGGCCCCCGACAAUGGUAAAACGGAAGUCCUACUUCUGCGGAGCUCCUCGUCCUGGCGGAAGAAGCGUUCUUCCUCUAGCGGUGGCUGCGUAGCUGCGCGCCUUUGCGGUCUGCGGCUUGGCUUCCGGGAGCUAAGGGAGCUACGGGAGCAUCCUCACCUGGUGUUGAUGUUGAAUAUGCCUUUUUAGCAUAUUAAAAUGGCUGUACCCAAGGACGCCAUCCCUUCUUUGUCGGAAUGCCAGUGCCAGAUCUGUGUGGAAAUUCUAUUUGAGCCUGUGACACUCCCUUGUAACCACACGCUGUGUAAACCAUGCUUCCAGUCGACUGUCGAAAAAGCAAAUUUGUGCUGCCCCUUCUGUCGCCGCCGAGUCUCUUCGUGGACUCGACACCGCACCCGAACAAAUUCUCUUGUCAACAUGGAACUGUGGAAGAUAAUUCAGAAACACUAUCCAAAAGAAUGCAAGCUUAGAGCCUCUGGGCAAGAAUCAGAGGAAAUUGUUGAUGACCAUCAACCAGUCCGCCUAUUAAGUAAACCUGGGGAAUUAAGAAGAGAAUAUGAAGAGGAGAUAAGCAAGGUAGAGGCAGAGCGACGAGCCAAUGAGGAAGAAGAAAACAAAGCCAGUGAAGAAUAUAUACAGAGGUUAUUGGCAGAGGAGGAAGAAGAGGAAAAACGACAGGCAGAAAAUAGGCAAAGGGAGAUGGAAGAACAGCUGAAAAGUGAUGAAGAGCUGGCAAGAAAGCUAAGUCUUCAUAUUAACAAUUUCUGUGGCGGAAGUGUCUUGGCAUUGCCCUUGAAUUCCAAAAAAUCUGAUCCAGUCACAACAAAGUCACAAAAGAAAAAUAAGAACAAGCCAACAAACACUGGAGAUAUUGAAAAGUAUUUGUCACCUAAAUCUCAACUUGGGUCAGCAUCACCGUCUGAAGUUGUACAAGAAGACAGGAAAAACUCCGUGUCUAAGGAAACUGACAGCAGUGGUAUGAAGAGCCCUACAUGGCAAGACACAGACAUUGAGGAAGAUAUGCCAACACUUUCUCCACAGAUAUGCCUUGAAGUUCAAGAGCAAGGUGCAAAACCUUCAAUGGAGUCACCUAUGCCUCAGUUAUAUGCCACUGGUAGAGAAUGGUGCCUUGAAGGACAAAUGGAAACAAAAGCAAGCAAUCAUGAGAAAGAGUUAUGUGUCAUAAAUCAUGAGGGACCUAAAGCCAGAGUUCCCGACUCUGAAGAAGCUGCAGUUAAAACUUGUGGCAAAACAGAGAGUGGGUUCACUGUCUCAGAUACGACACCGAUAAUUAGAAAUAACACACCGGAGAUAGAAAACGAAGAGUCUUACCUACUGAUCAAUAAGGAUAUCUUCAAAAGGAAAAAUCAGGAAUCUUUGUUUGAAGCAGUCAGGGACCCAUGCUCUUCUGCAAAAAGAAAAAAAAUGUUCCCCACAGCUUCCUCAGAUGAAGAGGAAACAGAAAUCAGCUUUACUCAAAAACUGAUAGAUUUGGAACAUCUACUUUUUGAGAGACAUAAACAAGAAGAACAGGACCGGUUGUUAGCAUUACAGCUUCAAAAAGAGGUGGAUCAAGAGCACAUGAGGCCAAACAGGCAAAGAGGAUCCCCAGAUGGCUAUCAGUUACGUGCUACAUCCUCACCUCCAGACAGAUUGCUAAAUGGACAGAGGAGGAGUUCCAAAGAUAGGAACUUCAAAAGACAAACUGAUCUAGAGCAUCCAAAACCUCAGAGAGGCUCAAAAAAUGAAAAUUGGCAAACUUCUUUUAAGAUCCAAUGGAAACAUUCAGUUAACGGAAGAAAUAUACCAAAUUCUAUUAGAGAUAAUCGUAAUGUACCUAAAACUGCUCAGUCCCUACAGCCUAGUAAGUCCCAGAAAAGUAUUUUUCAGAUGUUUCAGAGAUACAGAAAGUAAUGGUUAGGUAAAGGGAGUAUUUUAUAAUCUAGUAAAGCUGGGUUGUGAAGCUCUCUAUCAUAGAUUCUUUAUAAAUUUUCAUUAAUUCUGCUUUGUGGGCACAUUCAUUAUCCUUAAUUAAAGGACUGUGCGAUCACAAGGGAGGGACGUACAAAUGUGUUUGUGCCAAACUCAGUUGUAAGCAAGGGUCCCGGUCCUUUUCUUUUUUAGUAACUGUGAUAUGCCAAGUUGAUAGUCCUUAUGGAUAAAAAUGCCUUGGCCAGGGAGUUCCCUGAUAGCCUAGUGGGUAAGGAUCUGACAUUGUCACUACUGUGGCGAGGGUUCGAUCCCUGGCCCAGGAACUUCUGCAUGCUGCAGGCGUGACCCAGAAAAAGGGGGGAAAAAACACUUAAAAAAAAAUAAAUGCCUUGACUAACUCCCAAGAAACCUUCAUUUUCAUGUGUUUUCGAAAAAUGCAUAUUUAAUGGCCUUUGCUCACCUUUUUGGCAUGACUAAUAAAGCAACACUAUAAUAGUCCAAGUAUUUAAUCUAGGUAGGGUUUAAAAUCUAAAUUUUCUUGCAACUCUACCAUCUAUUUGCAAAGCACUUGAAAUUCAUCUUCCGUAACACUACAGUCAUCUAGUUUCCAUUUCUACUUUAAUUACUUUAAGUAUUAAAAGCAUUUUCUUUGACAUAAAAUUAGGACUAACACGAAAUCAGAAAAAUGAGAAUUUUCUGGAAAAUUAGGAAUUAGUUGACAGGAAACUAGACUCUUGGUGCAGAAGGAGCUAAGAGUUGGGAUGAGGCUCAGUGGGAUGGAUUGACAAUUUGGAAAUACUGGAACCGAAUGGGUAAUCAGACGGGUGGGUUCCAGGAUGGAGUGGCAAGUGUAGUUUGCCCCAGUAUUCUGCUUCAUUUUUUCUUUGCUAAAUAACACAGAAAACAUUUGAGUUUUACAGCUUUUCAUACCAUAGUAUAUAAUAUGCUAUUCCAGGGAAAGAAAAAAGAAGGUAUUGCUCUAAGAGAAUUAUAUCACAGUAUCCUAGAUUGUAGAACCUGGCUAACCAUGUGUUUAUUUCUUCAAGUUAUCAUUUGUAUUGGUACUGACUUUUAUUUGUGUUUAUGGAUAAAAGUAGAAAGUAUGAUACUUGGGUUUUGCUCUCUCUUACCCCUGAAAGUUAAGUCAGAAGGCAGCAAUUUCAUUUGGUGAAAUUUAACUUAGAGAUUGUUAAUCUUCUAUUUCAUUAAUGUGAACAACCUUGAGCAAACAACAGUUUUGAUAGCAUUUCUGCUGAUGUCUAGUUAGCCAUCCUUUUCAGGUGAUUAUACAAUAAAAUGUCCUAGGGCUAGUAAUUCUAGCUUAAAGUUGUCUGUAUUUUUACACAUUGUUAUGAUUUUUUCCUCCACAUUUUAUAACUGAAAUUCUAUAAUCUUUGCAUACUUGAUGGCAUCCACUUCAGUAUUGAUUGGGUAAUUAUGGGUAGAAUUCUGAUGCUGAUUUAAAACUUAGUUUGCCCUUUCUCAAAAGUGCUUGACCUCUGAGUAAUAAUUGUGUUGAAGUGAAGCAUAGUUAAUAAUUAACCAGAUAUGUCUAAAAUAGACUAAAGUCUAUCAUUUCAUCAAACCAGUAUUUUUAUAAUAAGACCAGUUUUGCUUUCCAUUUUAUGGUAGAUACUGUUGGACCCCUCAAAUAGAGUUAUAUAACUAAAUCUUCCUGGAAUAGUCCAUAACCAAAAGGGCAGAAAAUAGUGUACGGUAUUUAGUAUUUACAUAUAUAACCACUUAUUUGUGAAGAAGUUUUCCUGACUAAAGUUGGUUUCAAGAUAAAUUUUAAUUUCUCAAUUAGUCUUUAUGAUACUCCAACCAUGUAUGCAUUUUUGUGAGAAAUCAGUAAAUGUCUUGUGUCAGUCAUUAGAACGUAUUGAUACUUUUCCUCCCAUUUUAUGGAAGGGAUAUGAGAGUGUUUAAUUUCUCAGGGAGUGCUAAAACUGUAGAGGUUGAGUAUCUGAAAAUUAAAGUAAUUAUUAAAAAUUAAA